UCAGGAACUCUCUGGAACUCCGGCCCCAAAUGCGGACGAAAGUCUUCUGCUCCAUUCGCUAUCCUCCUCCUCGAACUCGAAGCAGGGUUUUGGGGUUCUGAAAGCAGCCACUGCAACAGAGACGCGCACACCAGCACUGGUCAUCUCCUUAUCCAUGGCGUCCACGUUCGUCACGUUCCCAAGACCCUUCUCCGUCAAACCCACCGCUCCCUCCUUGUCCAACCAGAGGCCCCUCGGUACAAGGCUGCGAAGGAGCUCUUUGAGAAUCAACGCGGUUGCCACGAAAUGGGAACCCACCAAGGUUGUCCCACAAGCUGAUAGAGUCCUGGUUCGCCUUGAGGAGCUCCCUGAGAAAUCUGCUGGUGGAGUUUUGUUGCCUAAAUCUGCUGUCAAAUUUGAGCGUUAUCUGAUGGGCGAGGUUCUUUCUGUUGGCACAGAAGCGGGGGUUGUGGAUUCUGGAAAGAAGGUGCUAUUCUCUGAUGUAAGUGCCUACGAGGUGGAUCUGGGAGGAGAUGCCAGACAUUGCUUUGUCAAAGCGGGUGAUCUAUUGGCAGUGGUUGAAUAGAGAUUUCGCUAAAAGCUAAUGUUGGGCAUUGGACGUGUUUUAUCAAAUUUUUGGCCUCUGUAAGGUGUAAUUAUAGACGCGCCUAUUUAAACAUCUCUUUCGCGGUGAACGGCCAAUAGUUGAUGCAAUUUCUUUAUGCUUUAUGAAAAACGAAUUGAUCUUGAUAUGCUUUUCUGAUCA